UGAUAGGAAUGAUAGGCAUGAGUGGACACGAGUAGGGUUAGUAGUGAAGUGUUUACACGUUUAGUUUUUAAAAUAUAAAGAAUGAUUCAAUAUGUAUUAGUAUAUCUCUAUCAAUCGUCGCAGGAUUUAUUAGUGUCAAAGUUAUGAUAAUUACUUUUAUUAACAGUGCGUGUAUAUUAUUACGAUAUGUACGAUAGGCGCGAUAGUUGUGUUUUAUAGGUUAUGUUCUUUUAUAUUUUCUUCGUGAAAAUUUUUUACAAAGAGUGAUUUUAUUUGACAGUUUGACAAAAUAUGGUGGAAAACGUGAUACAACGUGGUUCUACAGAAAACAGCAAUGAAACGGAAAAAGAAGAUCCCGGUAAAGAUGUGGAUGAGAAGUACAGGAUAUAUGCGAGUCUCUCGUUCGCGGUGCUGCUGCUGGGAAUCGGCGUGCCUCUCUGGUGGCAUACCACGAAGGUACCCCGUGUUGCGCUACCCUACACCGGAAUCGACGAAUUGUCGCAGCUGGACAUCAGGAUCACCACGAAGAUCAUUGUUGCGGCGCUGUCGUACGACCGCGGUCAAUUACUGACGCGCGAAAUCAAACAGGCAUUCGCCAAUGCUGAGCUGUAUCAACUAGACGUGGAAUAUCAAGUGAUAUCCAAUAACUUGCUGUUCGCUUUCGGGCACCAACUCGAAAAGGUAGCGGCGACUUUCGACCUGGAUGUGGGUAGCUUGCUCUUGCUGGAAACCACAAAUCUGAAAGAUGCCAUUGUGGUUGGUCCCAAGAGAACGCUGUACUUCUCCACCAAAGCCAGCGAUGCUAAAUUGAUACAAGUAUUGUCGGAAUGGAUUCUACACGAUAAAUCAUUGGCGCUGACAAAGAACGCGCUUGCCGAGCCUACUAUGUAUAGUUUGGACGAGGAAAACAGAAGGCGAUUCCCAGCUAGUCCGGCGUACGACAUUCUAAUCACUUUGGUUAACCCUGACCCUGAAAAGUUAAAGAUUGUUUGGGACUUGAAGAUGGUAUCCGAAGGCUACAUGAAACCGUUCUUGAACGAGUUAUCUAUUCUAAGCAACUUCUCGGUCAAAUCACAAUGGCUGUACCUGUUAUCUUUGGACAUGAAUCCUAGACGCGUGCCUGAUAGCAGCCCGAGUCGCAGACAUUUUGCUUUACGUGAGAGCGUUUUGCCGCAGCUCGUGACACCGCUGGAGAAGAAAUUAGCAUCGCAGGUUAGCCUCCAUCCGUGCAUUAAUUUGGUCGUCUACAUGGUGCCGUGCGAUAGCGCGCCUCUGCACAUCUACACUCGCAGCGGACACAAACCACGAACGGAUAACAACGUGGAAGCCUUUCUCUCUCCGAGAUGGGGUGGUGUAAUUUUGGUCAAUCCACCGCCGGAAGCUUGCGAGGUGACGCGAGAGAACGAAACUGUUACAAUCGUUCCCGAAGAAACCGCCAUAGUGGGCACGUUUCUGGCACAACUUCGACUAUUAUUAGGCAUUCCAGAAACGAAACCUAUUAACGGGGUGACAUCUGUGCCAUUGGUGGGAUUGAAAUCUCGGGAUUGGGAAAUCGAUUCCCUGUUGAGAUUUCGCACCGUCGAACAAUUGACUUCGGCGAAAUUGACCUUGCAAUCGCUGGCGCAGCUGCUCAAGGAAAUUAGCAAUAUCGUUAUCACGGACGUGGUAGGAAACAGGAUCAAGACCGCACUCGAACUGGUACACCAAUCCGCUGAACAUCUGCAGCGGGGCGAUCUCCAACGUAGCUUUAUCCUUAGCAAAGAGGCUUUCGUUACCGCCGAAGCGGCCUUUUCCGAUCCGACGCUUCUGGCGCUUCUUUACUUCCCGGAGGAUCAAAAAUACGCCGUGUAUAUACCUCUGUUUCUGCCGGCGAUGAUACCGGUAUUGCUGUCACUUAAAAAUAUAAAAAAAUACUACUUUCCUGAAAAGAGUAGUACAAGUAAAAAAACAGAUCGUAAUGAAAGUAAGAAUGAUGAGGACAAAAAACUGAAGCUCGGAUAAUAAAAGGUAAAUGUACAGCAGUGACAUAUACCGUAUGAUUUCGCGUAAUAUGCAGUGAUAUCGACUGUUUCAUCGCAGAAGCUCUUAUCUAUAAAUUUCUUUUAUUUGCAUCUAGCGUUAAAACAUAGCUAUCGCGUAUAAAUAUAUCGGAAUAUUUUUAACACGCGCCACUGGAACGUAAUACAUAAAUUUAGUUUGCAUUUAAAACUAAUUCCGUUAGUCGGAAUCGUGUGUGAUCUUAAUAUUGAUCGCGUUAAGUACGAGAAUAAAUCUACGAACUGUUUUUAUUAUUAUUAUUAUUUAAUAUUAUUAUUAUUAUUAUUACUUAACGUCGCUUGUAUAACCGGCGACAGUUUCGCACACUGAGAGAUUCUCGCGCGAAAAGAGAAAACAUCAAUGAAAACGCGUGAAAAAACCGAUAAUAUCUGUUUUUAUUUCAAAAAAGAAAACGUUCGAUGAGACAUAAUAUGUAUAUGUGAAAUCAUUUGUACGAAAAAGAAAAUAUAAUAAGCGACUUUUUUCUUGAGCUAGUUUUUUUUUCGUAUUUGUUUUUAUUCGAAGAACGAGGUCUGUGAGCAAAAUCCCAAGCAAUCCGCAAAUAUUAAAUAGAUUAACAUCUCGUUUAAUCUCUCUCUCUCUCUCUCUCUCUCUCCCCCUCUCUCAUGUUUGCUUUCUUUUUUCACAUGCGGUCAAAAUAUGCAUACAGACAUACAUUAUCACGCAUCCAAAAACGCAAGGUUCCGCGCAACAUCUUCAUUCCUCGCAUGCCUUUUCGAUUAGAUUCCAAAAGUUAAUAAUCAAUUAAAUCGCGUUAGAAACAACUCUACGAAUUUUUAUGUACAUGUAUAUCAAAUCAAUCCUCAACCACAUUACCAAAAGGUUACAAAAAAAAUUGCGAACGUUAUAAAUUACUGUAAAAAAAAAUUGAGAUGAAAAAUAAUAUAUGUCCAUCUACCGUGAGAGACCGCCUUUCUUUUUUUCUCCCUAUAUUUGAUUUAUGGUUAAAUAAAGAGUUCAAUGUCAUUCAGUAAGAAAAGAACAUAUAGUAAUAAAAAAUAACUAAUAGUAAAAUAGUUAGCUGCUCUGACAUUAGCUAGUAUAAAAUAUACAUGUAGCUAGUAUAAAAUAUACUUUUCACUUAAAAAAAAAAAAAAAAAAAAA